AUGGCUUGUUACCUGGUCAUCAGUUCGAGACAUCUCAGCAAUGGGCACUACCGGGGCAUUAAAGGCGUCUUCAGAGGGCCCCUCUGCAAGAACGGAUCUCCCUCUCCGGAUUUUCCAGAAAAUGAGAAGUCCACAGCAAAGGCCCUGGAGGAUGUAAAGGCAAAUUUUUACUGUGAAUUAUGUGACAAGCAGUAUCACAAACACCAGGAAUUUGAUAAUCAUAUUAAUUCUUAUGAUCAUGCGCAUAAGCAGAGAUUGAAAGAAUUAAAGCAACGGGAAUUUGCUCGAAAUGUAGCUUCCAAGUCAUGGAAAGAUGAGAAGAAACAAGAAAAAGCACUUAAACGACUUCAUGAGCUGGCUGAGUUAAGGCAACGGACUGAAUGUGUUUCUGGAAGUGGACCAGCAUACAAAGCCCCCAGGGUAGCCAUAGAAAAGCAACUCCAGCAAGGAAUUUUCCCAGUUAAGAAUGGCAGAAAAGCAUCGUGUGUGAAGAGUGCUCUUUUGCUUAAGGGCAAGAACCUCCCCAGGAGCAUUUCCGAGAAACAGCGGUCUACCACGCAGAGUCGACACCAGUUACAAACAGACAGACUUUAUUUGUUUGGGAAGCGGGUGCCACAAACAUCUUCAGAUCUCAGUAAUGCAAAUCACCGCACAGGAGUAUCCUUUUCUUUUUCCAAAAAAGUACAUGUAAAAUUAGAAUCUUCAGCAUCAGUUUUUAGUGAGAACACAGAAGAAACCCAUGAUUGUAACAAGUCACCCAUCUAUAAAACAAAACGAACUGUGGAGAAAUGCAAGUGCCGCAAGUUUGCAAAUGAGGGGACCAGUCUCACUAAGGAAGAAGAUAUAAACAUCUCAUCAAGCCCUCUGGGGAGUGUUUUACACAAUAGUGUCUCCAUAAGUUCUCAAAUUUGGGGAGACAAAAAUGACUCUGUUGAAACCUUACAAGAUUCAGUUGGCAUUCAUUCUUCUUUCUCUAAAUCUAACAUGCAUCUUUCAGAGGUGGAUUUUACUCAUUCCAGUAGAGAAAAAGAAACUAGAAAUACAUUGAAGAACCUUUCAGAAAACUGCAUUAAUCACGCAUGCCAAGCAUAUGCUUCCUCCAGCCUACCAAACAUUUACAAGCACAGUGAUGCCAGGGUAUUUGAACGUCUGGAUGAGUUUCCAUCACUAGAGCCAAGUGAGCAAAAUGAUCCAGUGCAUCAGGUUUCCAACUUCAGAAAGGAGAAGAGAGAAAAAUACUUAGAUGGAACAGAAAGAGUUAGCAAAAAUGUGCAAAGACUCAUAAGAGAAGCAUGUUCACGUGAUGUGAAGUCCAAACCAUUGCCUUAUCUCCACGUGCAAAGCAAGGAUGGCCACACCACUCUCCAGUGGCCUACAGAGCUUCUGCUCUUUACCAAAACAGAGCCCUGUAUCUCUUAUGGCUGCAACCCAUUAUAUUUUGAUUUUAAGAUUUCGCGGAAUGCAAAGCAUAGCCAUGAUCCAGAGGACUUAAAAACAAAAUUGAUUAAGGAGCCCUUAGAAAUGAAGACUAAAAUAGAGAGCCAAGUCUCAGGUUUAAUCAAAGACCAAGAAAAUUGGAUCCAAGAAGAUAAUCAAUCUCCGAAACCAAAGAUGAUAGCUAAUCCAGAUUGGGAAAAUUUCCAGAGAAAACAUCAUUUGGGAUACAAUGAUUCUGAGCCAAACAUAAGUGAACACAAUAUUAGUACAAGUGAUUUAGAAAUGAAAAAUCCUGAAGUGCCUGCUUACCUUGAUAUCUCUCUAAAGAAUUGUGUAGGAAACAAUAGUGAUAACGAGCUUAAGGAACCUGUGAGGGCCCAUUGGCAAAGCUGCCGAAGGGUAGUUCUAAAUGAUGUAAAUGAGGGCCUGUCCUUUACUCCUUACAUCCCUAGGACUAAAAAGCAUAAACUGAUUCCCUGUGAUCCUCAUUCAGAUUUCGAAGAUGGAAGUCAAUUCAGCUGGAAUUCUAGUCCUUACACAGUAAGGGGUCAGAGUGACCAUGGGCAGGACUUCAGUGUGGUUUUGAAUAGUAACCGUGUCAGUAUGACCAACAGAGCAUCUGGGUAUAGAAACGGAAGUUACAAAAGAAGUCCUCCAAAGUUGUCUCUAGAUGCAUGUUCUAGUCCUUCCGACACAUCACCUAACAGAACACCCAGUACUUGUUCAAGUCAGAGGUCCAGCAGCAAUGGCAGAGGUAAUCUACUGUACUUUUGUAAAAGAGAACACAACUCAGCUAAAAGGCUCAAAGAGAAAUGCCGAAAGCACAGCUGCCUCUGCUUGUCUGGGGAGGUAGCGAACAGUGACUGUCUUCAGUCUGAAACACAGAGAGACCGGAACUGCAGAUUGUGGGAAUCGUUUAAAAAUAAAAAAUACUCAAAACAUAGACAUGGUCACUGCAGAGAAAGAUAUAAACUAGGCAAAAAUCAACAACAAUCUUUGGGGCCCAUAUCCAGAAGAGUCACCCAUUGUGAUACCAGCUCAUCAGUUUUCCAUGCUGGGAAUAGAGGAAAACCACCUGCUUUCCGGGGACCUCAGCACAGCCAAUUGGGCCCUUACUCAAGAGAAAGAAUUUAUUACAUAAAUAAAAGUGAAAGAAGUCAACAGUCUUUGCACAGCCCUCAUAUUUGUGACCUGGGAAACAUAAAACCCACACAGUGUCACUCCGGGAAUAUCAGCUGUCUUCUAAGGAACUGUCCCAGCAACCCAGAGUUAAACAUCACGGGAGGGAAGAACUCUAUGACAGCCAAAUGCCUUUUAGAAAGAGUUCAAGCCAAGAAGUGUCAGGAACAAUCAACUAAUUUUGAGGCCUCUUCAAACACUUGUAAAAAUGAAUCAGAAGCUCAUUCAGAAAUCCAAUGCACAAUUCAAUUCACACCACCAGGCUGUAACAGACCAGCAUUACCUUUGUCUGAAGAAAUACAAACCCCGAGUAAAAGAAAUAAUGACAGAAGCAGUGCAAUGCAAAGAACUAUUGAGAAAGACAAAGUCAACAGUUCACAGACAAAUAAUUUUACUGUUUUAGUAGACACUGAUUGUGAUAACCAUCUUUCUAAAGGUAUAAUUCACAUAGUAGCAGAAUCUCUGCCACCAAACAUGAAAAAGAACCCAACAAAAGAACACUCAAAACCAUUAACAAGUGAAGUCCAACCUUUCAUUCAACGCUGUGACCCAGUGCCAAAUGAUUUCCCUGGUGCUUUUCCACCCAAUAGAUACACUGGUGUUACUGAUUCAACAGAGACCAAAGAGGACCGAGUAAAUCCAAACAUGCAGGAUGCAAGCAUGCAUGUGAAUCAUGCUGAGGGGAAUAUAGACUCUUACUAUGACAGAACUAUGCAGAAGCAUGACAAAGUAGCAGAUGAAUUAGAAUUGUGUCCUAAAUCUCUCUCUCCCCCUUUAAUUCAACAGCCAGUAACAUUUUCUCCUGAUGAAAUAGAUAAAUAUAAGCUCCUUCAGCUCCAAGCCCAGCAGCAUAUGCAGAAACAGCUCCUGUCAAAGCACCUCCGAGUGCUGCCCACUGCGGGGCCGGCGACUUUCCCUGCGGGAUCGGCUGUGCAGACAGUCCCAGCUCACCAGCACGCUUCUUUCACCACCAUCCACCACACGUUCCUGCAGCAUUUCGCUGUUUCUGCCUCCAUUAACCCCCCGAGUAGUCCCCUCCCUAUAGCUCACCUACAUCCUCUUUCACAGCCACAUUUUUCUCCAUUUGCAUUUUCACCACUGACUCCAGCCCUCAUCCCUGCACACCCCACUUUUAUGGCGGGUGGUCCCCUGCAUUUAGUUACUGCUACCCCCUUCCACCCCUCUCACAUAGCACUUCAGCCCCUGGCCCCUGCAGCUUUCAUCCCCACAUUGCUUGGCCCUCACUUAAACCCAGCCACAGCUUCUAUCAUCCACCUGAAUCCUUUAAUUCAACCAGUGUUUCAAGGUCAAGAUCUUUGCCAUCAUUCUUGCUCCAGUCAGAUGCAACAGUUAAAUGGAGUGAAAGAGGCCUUAAAUGUGUCAGCAUCCUCAAAGUAA